AUGGAUAAUGAAAAUUUCAUCACAUCAAACGUACACUCCAUAUCUCCAUCAACCGAUUACAACACUCCAUUGAAUAUCAAUUAUGUUAUUGAUGGAAAUAAUCCUAAUAUGUUAUUAAGCCCUGAAUAUGGAAAUAAAGAAAUAAAUACAUUGUCGUCGUCAUGUAUAACUCAACAUCAUUCACAUUUUCCUCCUAACAUCAUCUCUACCAUACCAUACACUUCACAAAUUGCCGCUAAUGUUUCACAACUUCAGUUUCCUCAUGGAAUGAAGUUGCAAGAGAAUUUUGAAGAAAGUCCACAAGGUAUUAAACAAGUAAACAAAUAUAAAAUUAUGACCUCAAUAUUGAUUACCAUAUUUCGCAGAUUAAUUCUAAAUGGUGGAUGGAUGAAUACUCAAAUCCAUACUGAAUUUGCGACAUUGAAUCAAGCAGAAACAUUAAAUCAACAAGGUCAAUAUCUACUUCAUAAUGCAAUGCCUCGUAACCCUCGCAUUGCAUUUGAAUGUUUUUUCAUAGCGGCCAAUUUUGGUUCGCAAAAGGGAAAACAUCAAGUCGCAUACUGCCUACAACACGGAUUUGGCGUCCCAAAAAAUGAAACAAAGGCAGUGGAACUAUAUUUGGAAAUAGCAAAUUCUGGAAAUCCAAUUUCUGCCUCUUUAUGUCAGCUUGGAAUAUGUUUUCAAAUGGGUAUAGGAGUUCAAGCUGAUGCAGCGCGUGCAAUCGGUUAUUAUGAACGCGCUGUUCUUAUGGGAAAUCAAGACGCGAUGUUUAACCUUGCAUAUUGUCUUCGUUAUGGGGUGGGAACUGCAGUUGAUAAUAAAAGGGCAUACAAUAUUUAUCUUCAACUUGCAUAUUUAGGCGAUCCUCAAGGAAUGAAAUUUGUGGGAAAUUGUAAAUUAUUGGGGAUUGGUACAAGUCAAAAUAAAAAAGAAGCGAUCGAAUGGUUCAAAUGUUCCAGUAAAAGUGAUAUAUAUUGGGGAGGUAGAGUUGAAUAUGCUUUAAAUCUUUUAAAUGAUGGAACAUCAGUGAAUGCUUUACAAAAUCGCCGUGAAGCAUUCGAACUAUUAAGAUCUGUUUGUGAAUCAUUCCCCACAUCUCCUGGGCCAAUUAAAUUAUUGCUUGGCAAAUGUUUUCAUUUUAGCAUAGGAUGCCAAGAAGACUACAUAAAGGCAUUGUAUUGGUAUCAAGAAGCAAUAAAAAGUCAUUUCAUGCCUUUAUAUGCUAUACGAGAGUGCCACUAUUUGAUUGAUCAAGUUCAAAAUAUUUAUCGAGAACCCCUUGUGAAAAAAGAAGUGGUUCAUGACAACGACUUUUAA